CGGCCCGGAUGCAUUUAUACUUACACCGAAUCACGAGGCGACAACAUCGACAUGGAGGGUCUCAUCAACGGCUUCAUCAACGUUGCUCUCGGAGCUGAUGGUGGCGAUCGGGAAGAACAACAACACGGGAGAGACGACCGUAGUAGAAGCUCCUGGGCUGAAGUCGUCUCCCAGGAUCAACAAGAUCACCCUCUUCCUCAUCACCAACACAAGGAACAAUAUCGUCCUCAGUACGAGGAGCCCCAAUCUCAAAGUUCCUACAAACCCCAGAAGGUGGAUGAAGGUGAAGAUGGAUGGCAGACUGUUGGUAGAAAGCCUUCAAGGCAUCCACAUAAGGUUCAAAAGGACAACUGGAACAGCUAUAAACGACCUGCUGAUGAGCAAGAAUACUCUAAUGAGGUUGAAGUUGGUGCUGAUGUGGAGCCCUCAGAAGAUGAACUUGCUGAUCUGUCAAGAGCUUGUGAAAAACUCUGGGCUCUUGAUUUAAAUCGUUUGGUACCUGGCUUACACUAUGAAAUUGACUGUGGAGAAGGGAAAAAGGUAUACCAAAAGGAAGAUAUGGCACAGGGGAGCUUGUUUACUUGGGUUAGCGAUGAUGUAUUCAGAAAGCCUACAUUUGCCCGUUUUCUUUCACUUUUAGAUAAUUACAAUCCACAUCAAGGAUGUAAGGAAGUAGUCACAUCUGAAGAGAGACAAGAGCAAGCUUCUUUCAUAGAAGAAAUCAGUAGAACAGCACCAAUUAAGUAUCUUCACAAGUAUCUUGCAUCCAAGCAAAUUGUAUCAGGGAAUUACCAAGAUUUCAAAAGAAUGAUUACCAGUCUGUGGUUUGACCUUUAUGGCCGUGGUGGCACUUCUGGUUCCUCUUCUGCUUUUGAACAUGUUUUUGUUGGAGAAACCAAACAAUGUGGUGAAGUUUCUGGCUUUCAUAACUGGCUGCAGUUUUACCUUGAAGAAGCAAAGGGGAGAGUUGAUUAUCAAGGAUAUAUUUUUCCCCGUCGACGGGGAGAAACUCCUGACUCUGAAGCUCAGCUUCUGACUAUUCAGUUUGAAUGGAAUGGUGUCCUAAAAUCUGUAUCCAGCACUUUGGUUGGAGUGAGCCCUGAAUUUGAAAUUGCUUUGUAUACCCUGUGUUUCUAUGUUGGUAGGGAGGAUAACCACAUUCAGCUUGGUCCAUAUGGGGUUAAUAUCAAGUGCUAUCGAUUGGGUGAUCGAAUUGGAUCUGUUUUCCCCAUUGCAGAUUCUUGAAUUUUCAGUUUCCAGCAUUGGUAGUAGUUGUUCCCUAUGAAAUCGUUUGUUAUGCAUACUUGAGAACUUGUAACUCAUGGGUGUAAAGGCAACAAUACCAAUUAGAUCAAGUAGUACAAGGUAGCACAAUAUUUACUGAAUUACAUACAUUUGGUGGUUCUUUUGUCUUGUAUGAAGACAGAAAUUCUUGUGGAACUAGUUUACUUAAUUUCUUCAUUAAGUCCUUAAUGAUAUGCUAGUAUGUUGUUAUUAAAA